UGUGUGGUGUGUAUGGUUGUGCGCGCGUGAGCCGUGAAUAAAGGUCGAUGACGAUGCAACGGGUUCAAGAUCAGGACAAUGGGAUCAGCAUCAAAUUCGGUCCGGGUAAACCCCGGAAGGGCAACUACAGGCUGGUGUCGCAGAGCUCCGACAACAAAGGCGGCUUCAACGGGACCAAUAAGUUAGAGAAUGAUGUGAAGGUAGAAGAAGAACAAUUAGUCCCACCGGACGGCGGCUGGGGAUGGCUGGUGCUUCUGGCCUCCGUUAUGGUCAAUCUCCUCAUCCCUGGCACUGUCAAAUCCUUCGGAGUGCUGUUCGUCGAAUUCCUCGAGGUAUUCGACGCGUCACCGGCGGCAGCUGCGUGGAUACCGGCGCUUUGUUAUUUCUUGUACAGCUCACUGGGUAAAGCUUCGGAUUUUUUUUCUGAGAUCUUCCUCCUCGGUGAAUUCAGGAUUGAGCGAGGAUUUCUCUUCGUUUCAGGUCCACUCUCUAGUGUACUUUCGGUCAAAUAUUCCUACCGCACGGUGACUUUGAUAGGAGGAACAUUCGCCGCGGCGGGAAUGAUGCUGAGCUAUUUCGCUAACUCUGUGGCCUUCUUAUGCGUUAGUUAUGGUGUACUGGUGGGCACGGGAGCAGGACUGGCGUUUCCUCCGACUGUAUAUAUCGUGACGUCUUAUUUUGUACGGCUACGAGGACUCGCCAAUGGACUCUGCAUAUCCGGCAGUGCGCUAGGCUCGAUAUUUCUUCCGCCCGUUCUGGGUUUUCUUCUAAGAGAGUACGGUUACAGAGGCGCGGUAUUGAUUAUGGGCGCUGUUACGUUGAAUGUUUGGGCGAGCGCGCUCCUAUACCAUCCUGUGGAGUGGCAUAUGGUGCCAGUACGACCAUUGGCCGACUAUCAAGAGCCCGAUAACGGGGAAACCGUGUCGGUAACAGUCACCAGCAGCCCCGAACAAGCCGAGAACGGUAACAAUCAGCUGCUAUCGUCCGAUAAGACUAAUGAGAAAGCCGCGCCGAUCGUACCGAAGAGCGCGUCAAGCGUCGCCCUGGAGUAUUACAAGAAUACACCGGUGCAGGGUCGUACGAGGAAGAUCAGUAUGCCUACCGGACGUGAGAUUAGCGGCCAGAUGCACAGCACGCCGACGUUGCACACCGUGCCAGAACGCGGGAGUGUUGUCGACGCCAGCGGUAAAUACUCCAAGGCGCGCUCGCCGCUACAAUCGCCUAGCACGUCGUCCUUCAACUACGUUAGUACACCGUACCACGGCAGCACGCUGUCAGCGCUGCACCCAGAGCGUGCAUCCACGCUGACGUUGAAUGCAAUCUCCAGCACAUUCUCCCGAAAAACGACGACCGAACGUCGUAAUGAGAACGAUGACGAAGACCGCAACCAGAAUAAGUUCUUCGACUUCAAUCUACUCAAGGAUCCCAUCUACCUCGUCAUCCUCAUCUCCAACUCCACCAACGCCGUCAGCUACACCAACUUCGUUAUCCUACUGCCAGCCUAUGCCAUCUCUCUGGGUUUCGAUAAGAGUGCCGCGUCUUUGUUAUUAUCCAUUGUCUCUAUGUUAGAUUUGGUGGGUCGUAUUGGCGGUUCUGCCCUCUCUGAUAUCAAAAUCAUGCCCAAGCACUGGUACUUUGUGGGCGGUUUACUCGCCUCCGGUAUUUCCUUGGCUAUUCUGCCGACGUCGAACACGUACACCAUGUUGUCCAUCUACUGCGGCUUCUUUGGAUUAGCAUCCGGGAUCUACGUCGGCAUCACUGCGGUCAUCAUGGCUGACAUGCUGGGCACUGAGAAGCUCACUUCGUCCUAUGGUAUUUCGCUGUUUGUUAACGGCGUCAUUCAGCUAGUGGGACCGCCAAUUUGCGGCCUAGUGUUCGAGCAGAUCGGCAGUUACGGACCGAUCUUCAGUAUACUCGGCAUUAUUCUGGUGGUGGGUGCAUCUCUGUGGGGUACUGUGCCGUUUAUCCGCAAGAGGCAAGCCGUGUUGGAGAAGUCCGCCAGAAUAGACAAAGUAUAGUAGACCAAAUAAACGAAGCACAGUAUAGCCGUAACGAGUGACUGCUCGAUACACUCGGCACUUGGCGCACAUGAGCUUAAGCGCGUGGUGGCUUAGAGGUCGCCAUGCCAAUAGUGUGUAUGUGUAUGUAUGUGCGUGUAUGAGAGAGGGAAGAAGCAGUAAGAUGCCCGAACAUUAAACUGUGAUGUUAACGUGAGUGUUAUAUGUACUGAAUACGACACGGCGGAGUUUUCGGACUGAGCGGGUUACCGGCGAAGGGAGGCUUCGUCAACUCCGGAAUGCCGAUAAUCAUUCGGACAUUCUAUCCAGUAAUUCCUCAGUCCUAAGACUUGUCACGCAAAUCGUCUAUGAUUAGCGCGAUCGACCGCGUUGAAUCAUUAUUAACCAUAGCAAUUAUACAUUUAUAUCGCCAAACAAAAUGGUAAAUGUGACAAAAUCUUAUUACAUCGAACACUCUUGUAUCGAUCUUGUUGUACCGAUCGUCUUGAGUAAUUCUACAUAUAACGAUUGUAUUUAUGUAAUUAUGUUGAUUGUAUUCGAAGGAAGA